UCCUCCACUAUUGGCACGCCAUGAUUCUUAGCGUUAAAUUCUGGGAUUGGCUCCUAAUCUUUGCUACCCCACACGCGCGCCCGCUCACAUUCUCUCUCAAGUCGACUCUCCCCUUCUCUUCGGUCCUCAUUCCACCGUUUGUUUCUCUGUUCUCAAACACAGACACAGACCUCAAGUCUUUCUUUCCCAAGAAACAAUGGCUUCCACUUUGCUUUAUAACUCCGUCAACCCCUCCACCACAGUUUUCUCAAGAACCCACUUCCCAGUUCUGGUUUCCAAGGACUUUCCAGUAGAAUUCCCGCCUGAUACGCACAGUAACUAUUACUUCAAUACCAGAAAGCGCAAGCAGAAGCUGGAUCUGGUGAAAGCCAAAGUGGCAGAGGCCCCCACUGUGUCACCUCCAAUACAAAGAGAUGGCAAGCCACGAAAGAAGCUUCGGAUACUUGUGGCUGGAGGUGGGAUCGGUGGCCUAGUUUUUGCGUUGGCGGCGAAGAGGAAGGGGUUUGAGGUGGUGGUGUUUGAGAAGGAUUUGAGUGCUAUUAGAGGAGAGGGACAGUACAGAGGUCCAAUUCAGGUACAGAGUAAUGCAUUGGCUGCUUUGGAAGCUAUUGAUUUGGAGGUUGCUGACGAGGUUAUGAAGGUUGGAUGCAUCACUGGGGAUAGAAUUAAUGGACUGGUUGAUGGGAUUUCUGGCAAUUGGUACAUCAAGUUUGACACAUUCACUCCUGCAGCAGAACGGGGGCUUCCUGUCACGAGAGUUAUAAGCCGAAUGACCUUGCAACAAAUUCUUGCUCGUGCGGUUGGGGAAGAUGUCAUUAUAAAUGACAGCAAUGUUGUCAAAUUUGAGGAUAAUGGAGAUAAGGUCACUGUAGUUCUUGAGAAUGGACAGUGUCAUGAAGGUGAUCUUCUGGUUGGAGCUGAUGGUAUAUGGUCGAAGGUGAGAAAGAACUUAUUUGGAUCCACGGAAGCGAUUUACUCAGGCUACACUUGUUAUACUGGUAUUGCAGAUUUUGUGCCUGCUGACAUUGAAUCCGUUGGGUACCGAGUAUUUCUGGGACACAAACAAUACUUUGUUUCUUCAGAUGUGGGUGCAGGAAAGAUGCAGUGGUAUGGAUUUUACAAGGAGUCACCUGGUGGUGUUGAUGGCCCUUGUGGUAAAAAGGAAAGAUUGCUUGAAAUAUUUGGGGGCUGGUGUGAUAAUGUGAUAGAUCUGAUACUUGCCACAGAUGAAGAUGCAAUUCUUCGACGUGACAUAUAUGAUCGCACACCAAUUUUAACUUGGGGAAAGGGUCGUGUGACCUUGCUUGGGGAUUCUGUACAUGCUAUGCAGCCAAAUUUGGGUCAAGGGGGAUGCAUGGCCAUUGAGGAUAGUUAUCAACUCGCAUUGGAACUUGAUAAAGCAUGGAGACAAAGCAUUGAACAAGGAACUCCAAUUGAUAUUGUUUCUUCUCUAAAGAGAUAUGAGGAAUCUAGGAGACUACGAGUCGCCAUUAUUCAUGGAAUGGCGAGAAUGGCUGCAUUGAUGGCUACAACUUACAAGGCUUAUCUGGGUGUAGGACUUGGUCCAUUAUCGUUUUUGACAAAGUUUAGGAUUCCACAUCCAGGGAGAGUUGGUGGGAGAUUUUUUAUUGACUUGGCAAUGCCCUUGAUGUUAAGUUGGGUCUUAGGUGGUAACAGCUCAAAACUUGAAGGAAGACCAGCAUGUUGCAGACUUUCAGACAAAGCAAAUGACCAGUUACGCAGAUGGUUUUCAGAUGAUGAGGCAUUGGAGCGGGCCAUUAAUGGAGAGUGGUUUUUGUUACCAUGUGGAAAUCAAAAUGGCCCUUCACAGCCUAUUUGUUUAAGCAGAGAUGAGAACAGGCCUUGUAUUAUUGGGAGCGUAGCACAUGAGGACUUUCCAGGGACAUCAAUAGCAGUACCUUUGCCACAGGUUUCUGAAAUGCAUGCACGUGUUAGCUACAAGGAUGGUGCCUUCUUCUUGACUGACUUGAGAAGUGAAUAUGGUACCUGGAUCACAGAUAAUGAGGAGAGACGCUAUCGGCUCCCUCCAAACUUUCCUACCCGUUUCCGUCCAUCGGAUGUCAUCGAGUUUGGUUCGGAUAAGAAGGCAGCAUUUCGGGUUAAGGUAAUGAGGUCUUCUCCAAAGAUUGCGGAGAGUGGACUUCUGCAGACAGCAUGAAAAGUCUCAAGUUCCUCUCUUAGUUUAUACAGAAAUUGUACAGCAUUUAUUGGGAGCGGCACUGCGAUGUAAAUCUGCUGCAUUUGCAGAGUGGAGAGAGCAUUACUCGUGAAUUACUGUCUUUGGAUCCUGGGCAAGUUCCCACUGUUAUAUACUGUUGUGAAAUUGACAGGCUUGACAAUAAUUUAGGGGGACCCCACCACGUAUAUUACUUGCCUGUACACAUUGUGAUUGUGUUGUAGAUGCUUUUCUUUUCUUCUUUA